CUUUAUUUCCCUUUGGGAGCACAGAGGAAGACACGGGUGCCCAGACAGACGUGGAGACUGAGUGAACUUUGUUGUCUUUUAACUUGGGAACAAAAGGGGGAUGCUGUACACGGAGUUACUGAGGCUGUGGGAUGAGGCAGUCAAGGCUGUGGAUGCUAAAGACUGGCACACUGCCCUGGAGAAACUGGACCAGAUCACUGAGCCCACCUCACGAACUUUAUUUUUAACUGCCUCGGUUAACCUCGCUCUCAAGCAGCUGGAGCCUGCCCUACAGGCCCUGGAUCAGGUCAUUGUCAAGGAUGAGCGGCUUGCAGUGGGCUUUUUCCAGAGAGCUGGAAUACUUAUGCAGCUGGGCCGGUUGGAGGAUUCUUUGUCUGACUACAUUUGGGCUCAAAAGCACAUGAGGAGGAACAUGAUGAUUGAUUACAAACAACUGGGUCUACGCUACAAACUUCACAGCUGGCAGGUUAUGUAUAAUGCAGCAGCCGUCUACAGCCGGAUGGACCAGUGGGACCAGGCAAUGGACAUCCUGUUGACAGCCGCCCAGGAAAGACCAGGCGGUCUAGGCGGAAACCUGGAACUUGCAAUAGAUAGUGUCGCUAGGGGGGAUGUUCUGACUCCUCUCAUGGUACCUGAAGGAGAGGUUUUCCGCCCAAGAAAACAGGAUGUGGAGCAGCUCCAACAGAGAGACUUUCUGGGCAAAGCAAAGGUGAUUUCCUCCAUGAUCCCAAACGAUGACUUCGGAGGCUUUGAGCCACUGAGGACGCAGAAACCUGGAUUCUAUGAACCCAAGACUGAUGGACUGGCGGAUUCUCAUUACAUGCGUAUGCGGGUCCCUUACAUGGCACGGGGCCCUGGUCAGCUGACUGUACCAGGAGGGGCCAUGGUCUUUAUCUUCAAAGAGGUGGACAGAGAUGGAAUGGUAACAGUAAUAUAUGAUGGUCAGAGGGGUCUUCUACCAGUGUCUCUGCUUGAGCCGACAAAUGUGAAGACAUCCAAAGGCAAAAACGAGAAGAGUGUUCCUAGUGGGAUUCCUCUCCCACCGGGCCUCAAGCCGCCUACUCGCCCACAGACGACGUCCAGACCACCUCCUCCUCAGGCACAUUUGGCCACAACUACCCUGCCUCCAUCCAACACAGCUGUCAUUUUGCCACCCCUGCAGGCCACAGAAUUGCCUCGAUACACAUCCGACGUAAGCAGCCCCACUGACCAGUAUGAUGGCUCAGCCGAGGGAGACAAGGCUGACUCUGUGAUUGUAAAAGUCCAUUACGUAUAUACGCUGGCUCUCACCGUCCCAUCGGACACGCCAUACCAUGAACUGCAGGAGCGAAUUGCAAACAAAUUGGGCCAGCCGGCUGCUUGCUUGCGCCUCAGACAUAAGCAGCAUGGCUCCCAGGUGCUGAAACCUCUGGAAGAAAAUGGAGAGACAGGUACUCUAUUGGAUGUGGCCGAGGCUGGCAGAGCCACACUAUGGUGCCAGACCGAAGCCCCUUUGGCCAACCGUACCAUCCUUUACCAGAUGGUGGCGCUGUAUGACUAUGCUGCAGAAGGCCCAGAGGACCUGGUGUUUAGUGAAGGGGACACCGUUGACAUUCUGAGUGAAGUGAAUGAGGAGUGGCUGGAGGGACACUGUGCAGGGAACAUUGGGAUCUUCCCGAGGUGUUUUGCCUACAGAGAAAUCUCGAGAGAUGACACUAGCACCAUUUUAUAAGCUGAAAAGUGUGGAGCAGACGGCAUGAGAGCUUAAUGAAACACACUGGGAAAUAUACCCCAUUAACAUGAAUUUCCAUUGUGUCAUGCUGGAUCUACCAGUAAGGAUGCAGUCUGCUUUCAUGUACUAAACAUCACAAAAUGUGCUCAUUUUAAUGCAGUGGACAUUAGUCGGAUACGGCAUGCUGUGAUAAGUACCAUAAAAAUACAUCAAUGUUUCACAUUAACUUAAUAAAAAAAAAUCAUUGAUAAAGUGACUCAGGUAAGGCAGUUUUACCUCAUAAUACAUCCUUGCAGUGGCGGACUCAGGCUGUUUGAGGAGCAGGGGCAAAAAAAAAUAAAAAGGGCACCAGUUGUAUGUGGUGGGGCACCAGCAUGCAGAAGGUCGUGAUGCAUUUAUGAUGAAACAGUCCACUGGAAGGGCACCCUAGAGGGCACUAUAUAUCGUUGUCUUGCACAUUGGACCAUCCAAGAGGGCAGUUUAUCAUGUUUUAUCUACCCUAGGGGCAUCCAAGAGGGCACUUUUGCAGCAUUUUUUCGAACAUGGAGGUACCCCACCAGAGUCCAUCCUUGUGUCUUCCCACUUUUAAACCUGAGUGACUACUGACUUAUUUGAGCAGUUCAAUUACAAUAAAUGGUGUCCUUAUAUGUAAUUGAUGUAUUAGUAUAACUUUUGUGCG